CUACUACCGGUGCCACGUUUGGCGGCUCCAUCCCCUGUAGGCCGUCGCUGCGAGUCCGGCCGCCCUCGUCGCCACCGGGCCGCCGUCCCGUCGAGAGCCGUCGCCGCUCCCUUCCCUCAACGGCUGCCGCCGCGCGAAGCUCUUCUCGACGACCGUCGCUGCUCUCUUCCCUCGACAGCUGACGCCGCUCUGAGCUCCCAUCCCCGUCCUUGCCGCCGCCGUCCUUCCGUCCAGGGCCGCCGCCUAGCCCUCCUCGGCAGACAUCGCCGCGCCCCUACCCUCGACGGGACGCUCGCGCGCCGCUGCUCCAAGCCGCCCCGCCCCCCUCCCGGCGGCGCCGCCCUUCCGAAAAGCAAACCGGAGAAGCUCCCCCAAACAGGCAGCGCUAGCUUGUCGGCCUGCUGCCGUCUUCUGCGUUGGGGCGUCGCCAUGGCACCGGCGCGGCAGGACGCUGAGGACGAGCUGGAGAUGAAGGUGGAGAAGUAUGCGCGGGGGAAGGGUGCUGACUUGAAGGCGCUUAAGGACAAGAAGUUGAAAGGCCAGCUCGUUGUCAAAGAGAAGCUCUAUGGCCAGUCUGCGAAAGCUGCUGCAAAGGCUGAACAGUGGCUUAUGCCUAGUGAGGAGGGUUUCUUAGAGCCUGAUGGUUUGGAGAAGACAUAUAGAUUUCCACAAGAAUCGAUUGUGAAGGAGGUGGAUCUUUUGAGUUCAAGAAAACCAUUCGAUAUGAUCUUACCUGUACUUGGUCCUUAUACUAUAGAGUACACAUCAAAUGGCCGCUACAUGCUAGUAGGCGGACGUAAAGGUCAUCUUGCUAUGAUGGAUAUGCUGCAUAUUGAUCUCAUCAAGGAAUUUCAGGUGAGGGAAACUGUUCGCGAUGUGGCAUUCUUACAUAAUGAGCAGCUGUAUGCAGUCGCUCAAAAAAAGUACCCUUACAUAUAUAAUCGACAUGGUACAGAAAUUCAUUGUCUGAAGGAACAUGGCAAAGCGUUGAAACUCCAGUUUCUGACUAAACAAUUCCUCUUGGCUUCAAUAAACAGCUUUGGGCAGCUGCACUACCAAGAUGUGAGCACUGGUGAGAUGGUUGCAAAUUAUAGGACAGGUCUGGGGCGAACUGAUGUUAUGCGGGUCAAUUCCUAUAAUGCUGUCAUAGGCCUGGGGCAUGCUGGUGGCAAAGUUACCAUGUGGAAGCCAACAAGUGUGAAACCCCUUGUCACCAUGCUGUGCCAUCAUGGCCCUGUGACUGCUGUUGCAUUUGACAGGGGUGGUCAUCUUAUGGCAACGGCAGGUGUUGACAGGAAGAUAAAAAUCUGGGACCUGAGAAAGUAUGAGGUUGUAAAUUCUUAUGCAGCACGUGCCCAAUCCUUGGAUUUUAGCCAGAAGGGGCUUUUGGCCUGCAGCAAUGGAUCUCUAGUAGAGAUCUACAGGGAUUUUGGUGGGCAUGACUAUAGGCUUUACAUGAAGCACAGAAUGAUGAAGGGCUAUCAGGUUGGGAAAGUUUUGUUCCGGCCCUACGAAGAUAUUCUGGGGAUUGGGCACUCGAUGGGCCUGUCAUCCAUCCUUGUUCCAGGAUCUGGUGAGCCAAACUUUGAUACCUUUGUUGCCAACCCCAUGGAAACUACAAAGCAGAAGCGGGAGAAGGAGGUUCACGCUCUUAUGGACAAGCUCCUGCCGGACACUAUCAUGCUUAAUCCAAACUUGAUAGCCACUGUAAGAGCUCCGAAGAAGAAAGAGAAGAAGACCAAGAAGGAGAUUGAGGAAGAGAUGGAAGAGGCUAUUGAGGCUGCCAAGAACACUGAGCGCAAGAAGAAGACCAAGGGCAGGAGCAAGCCCAGCAAGCGGACCAGGAAGAAAGAGGAGGAUGUUUUCAGAGCCAAGAGGCCCUUCUUGGAUCAAUCAAAGGAGGUCGAUGGGCGACCUGACAAGAAGCAGCGUAUAGGUGAAGAUAUGGAACUCCCAAAAGCCUUGCAGCGGUUUGCCAAAAAACCGCAGUCAUGAUCAUGUUAACACAAAAGGCUGGGAUUUCACAGUGGUUUGUUAUGCAUCGUUAGUGAACCUUAAUCGUGUAGCUGGCCAGUAUGUAAAAUCUCUGCGUGAGGAAUUGGUGCACAUGAAUGCGCCAAAAUUUUGUUCUAAACGAAACUCUCUGUUCACGUAAGUGUACUGUUUUUUCUCAUUCAGAUAGUGAAGGUGACAAUUCCUAGGUUUGUUCUUGGACCACCUAAGGCACUCUGAGCAGCGGCUAGGUUCCCUGUUGAGUACCGAAGAGAAUCAGAACUUUGAAGCAGAAGCGCCUUUUAUGCUGCGGCGAAUGUAUUGGGCAACUUUCUUGUAAGGUUUGGUUCUCCAUGGUGUCCAUGUUGGGAAAGCCUUGCUUGUGCA